AUGUGCUGUUCAGAUCCAUGUCUAGAAUUACUGAGGCUUUCUUCAAAAAUCAUUUGCAUCCUGGAUAAAUGUUUUACUACCUAGGAAGGAAGAAAUGGUUUUGAAGUAUAUUAAUAAAAUAAUUUCUCUCUUUAUGACUGUGGUUGGCACUCUGGGGAAUUUGUCUGUUUCUGUGAAUUAUAUGUCCAGUUGGUGGGGAAGCCCUGAGAAGAAACCCAUACACCUUAUUCUCAUCCACUUGGCUUUUACAAACAUCAUAAUCCUUCUUACAAAAGGAUUGCCAAAGACAAUAGUAGCUUUUGGUUUGAGAAACUUCCUGGAUGACACAGGCUGUAAGAUCAUUGUUUACCUGGAGAGGGUAGCCCGUGGCCUCUCCAUCUGCACCAGCAGUCUCCUCACUGUGGUCCAGGCCAUCAUCAUCAGUCCCAGAUCAUCUGGGUGGAGCAGACUCAGGCCAAAGUCUGCAUGGCACAUCUUUCCAUUCUUCUUAUUCUUUUGGAUAUUCAAUGCUUUACUAAGUGUGAACCUAAUCCAUUCUAUCACAAAUACAAGUCUAAAUAUAUCACAGCUUAAGAAUAGCGACAUCUAUUGCUAUUUUAUGCUAGAAAGUCAGGAAAUAAAAUGGAUUGUUCUCCCUCUUAUGGUCCUGAGAGAUGCAGUGUUUCAGGGUGCAUUGGGAGGGGCCAGUGGCUACAUGGUAUUUCUUCUCCACAAGCAUCACCAGCAUGUCCUCUACCUUCAGAACUCCAAGCUUCUCUACAGAACUCCCCCUGAGCUGAGAGCUGCUCAAAGUGUCCUCCUUCUGAUGCUCUGUUUUGUUUUCUUCUACUGGACAGACUGUGCCUUUUCUCUAAUUUUAAGUCUCUCUUCAAGGGACAAUGCCUGGAUGGUAAAUACUCUAGAAUUUCUGACCCUUGGCUAUGCAACUUUUAGCCCUCUUGUGCUGAUUCACAGGGAUGGACUUCUGGAUGAAUGUUGGCAUGCUCAGAUGGAGAAAUUGAGAAAAUGUCUCUCUCAUUUAUAUGUCCAAUAAGUGUCAAAGAAAUCUCAGUUUUGCAAUAAUGUGUGUAAGACAAAAUCCUGCAAAGCAGUUUAAGCAUGUGUUUAUCCUCAGUCACUUAUGACU